AUGGAUAUUACUGCUGCAAAUAACAUUGUGAUUAAAAAGGAACCAAGCGAAAACACUAGCGGAAGUUCUGACGACGGUAUCGGCCUAAACCAAACACACAAUACAAAGAGUGAAUCAACAGCACCUUCUCAACCAGUACCAUUGAAGUACAUCAGCAGACGCGGGCGGCCACCAGGGGGAGGCUACUCAAUGAAAUCCCAUCCUCAUUAUGUCAGAUUCAGCUCCCUGCCUUUGGCGAGCCCAGUGGAUUUAGGCCGUCAGUUGUCGGGUGGGUCAAGUUCCACUCUGGCAUCCCACGACAUCUUGAAAACUAGUGGCUCUUCUUCAACGGACAGCCUUGAUAUUCGCCGUUUUGGUUUUACCGGUUUCGACAGCGAUAAAAACUCAUUUCGGUGUGAUGGAUGCGAUGUGGUGUUCUCCAGCAGAGACACAUACGCCAUGCACAUGCUGCUGAGAGCCAAGAAUGAAUCCUGUGUUGCUCUACCCACCUCGGCCAUUUCAUCCAACCCUGAAAAUCCCACCCCAAGAGAGAAGUUCGAACGCGAGCUACGACAGCAGACAAUGAUAGCUGCUCUUAGAAAUCAAGCUACUGUUAUGUUAUCAAAAUCAGUUACCCAUUCGGAUAGUCUCGCUUCUCUGGUGCGAUCUGCAGGAAUCGGAAGAGAUGAUGCCGGAUUGACCGGAAGCUGUAGUACGGAUGGAGCGCUAACCUGCAACAGUUUGUUUUCUUUAGAUGCGUACGGUCUUUACGUGGAUCCUCACCAAGCAUCUGCAUCUGCAGGUUCAUUGGAAACAACAACGGAACAGCUAAGCUGCAGAGAGUGUGGGGAAAUUUUUACCGGUAAAGAUGCGCUUGCAAUGCAUAUGAUGUUCCAUACUCGGGAUGACGACAAGGAAACCAGUCCAAGUGUCAGCUGGGCGGAUUUGAGGUCGAUCUCAAGUCAAAAACAGGAGUCUCCUUGGUCGUCUGCAUCUUCUUCUCCUUCGCAAUGCACAGGGCAAGGCAAAAGAAACAAAAGAGAACCCAGCGCAGAGAGAAAAAUAGAAAAUAAAACAGAGAAGGGAGAGCUAACAGCAGAACGGGUAGCUGAACUAAAACAAAUGGCUAUAGAAUCUUCGUUAAGGUCAUCUUUGAAGACCACAGCUGCUGCUUUGAGGCAAUAUAGGCGACCUAAAAGUGUGUCACAGGACAAACCGGCAACAGAGUCGGCUGGGAACAGACCGCUAUCCGCAGACGACGUUCGUCGGUUCACGGCAUCAGCGCCUAAAACACACCAAGAGCUCACAGAAUCUACUCUCUUCAGAAAAGACUGCAGUGAAGAUCCCUUAAAACUAAAAAUAGGGAAUAAGCGAUGUUUCCUCGCUCUAGAACAUGACACCGCAUUUGACAUCCGAUGUGUUUCCAGAGACCAGAAAAAACAAAAGAACGGAUACGAAAAUAUCUUUUACAAUCUCUUCUACAGAAACACUAAGAGAGCUCACUCUUCGAACAACGCGCGCGCGGAAGCAGACGCUAGUGUGAGCGACAACCACGUAUCUUCGGCGUCAGGCCCACAAGACUCCGACGACAAGUCUGAUGGAAGUUCAGCACAUGAACACGUCUCCAAUGCUGACAAAGAAGACCAAGCUGCGGACUAUUCAAAAAUUCAUACUUUUCCAUACUUAGAUGCCAUUAUGUCACAACAAGCAGUUCUUGUACCGCUUGGCUCAGAUAACAAAGAUGAUGGUCAUGAAACUGCUAGAGACAAAAAGCGAUCCAUGGAAGAGAAUCAGAGAGCUCAGUCAUCGGCUAUAGAUUUCAGUAUUCGCCGUCGAGACACCAGCAAAGAGGGCAUAAAACAAAGCAGCUGGUAUGUGUCACAGACUAAUCAUGAUAAUGCCAACACUGAAAGCCAUAAAGACAGUACAGGGGCAGAUCUGUUGUCAACGACAAAUACAAAAACGAACCGAUUCAGAAAUCACGGCAACCCCUUUUCUCAGUAUCAAAACCUCAAUUGCAGCGAACUGAACCAGAUGGAAAACCCAGGUCACAGACUGGGAAAGAAACAGCAGACGGUGUCCAGGUUAGGUAUGGGUUCAGGCAGCAUCCACCAGGAGAACGAGCCUCGAAACUGGACGGAAGAGUCCAGCAACCGAGUAGGGGAGGCGAGGUACUGUCCUCACUGUGAAAUCCUCUUCCUGGAUGUGACAUUGUUCCACUUGCACAUGGGGCUGCAUAAUGUUAACAACCCGUGGCAGUGCAACACGUGCGGGUUGGUGUGCACCGGAAGGUUAGACUUCAACAUCCAUGUCCUUCAUUAUUAA